AAAAAAAAAAAAAAGAAUGAGGGUGCAAUCAAGGUUCUUGGCUGUGAGUGCUCUUUGGGCUCCUCUCCAACAGCGCCACCUACAGGCACUUGCUUUUUAUGACACUGAGUAGUAACUCAGGUCAGUUUCUUUGAGAGAUGGUCUGACUUGUUGCCUAUUCCGGGCAAGGCUCUAUGCAUUGAAAGUUAGGUCUAAAGGCCACAUUAGGCCGGGGCGUGGUGGUUCAGCACUUUGGGAGGCCGAAGCAGGUGGAUCACCUGAAGUCAAGAGUCUGAGACCAGCCUGGACAACAUGGUGAAACCCCAUGUCUACUAAAAAUAAAAAGAUUAGCUGGUGGUGGCGCGCGCCUGUGAUCCCAGCUACUCAGGAGGCUGAGGGCUGUGAAUCACUGGAACUUGGGAGGCGGAGGUUGCAGUGGGCCGAGAUCGUGCCAUUGCACUUCAGCCUGGGCAACAAGAGCAAAACUCCAUCUCAAAUAAAUAAAUAAAUAAAAAUAAAGGCCCCGUUGGAUUGAGAUUAGGCAUUUUUGGGCUAGGCACAGUGUCUCAUGCCUGUAAUCCCAGCACUUUGGGAGGCUGAGGCAGGAGGAUCACUUGAGCCCAGGAGGUCAAGGCUGCAGUGAGCCGUGAUCGCGCCACUGUACUCCAGCCUGGGUGACAGAGUGAGAACCGGUCUAAAUAAAUCACUUAAUUAAAUUAAACGUUUAAAAAAGGUUUGGCCUCAUGGGUCAUGCCUUAAUCCCAGCACUUUUGGAAGCUGAGGCAGGCCAAUCACUUGAGUUCGGAUGUUCAAGACCAGCCCGGCCAAAAUGGUGAAAUCCUCAUCUCUACUAAUAAUGCAAAAAUUAGCCAGGUGUGGUGGCACAGGCCUGUAAUCCUAGCUAUUCAGGCAGCUGAGGGACGAGAAUCACUUGAACCUGGGAGGUGGAGGCUGCAGCGGGCUGAGAUUGUGCCACUGCACUCCAGCCUAGGUGAUAGAGUGAGACUCCAUCUCAAAAAAAAAAAAGCCAGCGUAGUGGCUCAUGUGUGUAAUCCCAACAGUUUGGGAGGCUGAGGCAGGCAGAUCACCUGAGGUUGGGAGUUCAAGACCAGCCUGACCAACAUGGUGAAACCCUGUCUCUACUAAAAAUAUAAAAUUAGCCGGGCGUGGUGGCGUAUGCCUGUAAUUUCAGCUACUCAGGAGGCUGAGACAGGAGAAUUGCUUAAACCUGGGAGGCAGAGGUUGCAGUGAGCUGAGUGCACCAUUGCACUCCAGCCUGGGUAACAAGAGCAAAACUCCGUCUCAAAAAAAAAAAAAAAAACUUUAAAAAAACAAAUAUUUUUGGCCAGGAUCCAUCUUGAUUCUCCCAGUGGCUACAUCAGGAAGAAGGGAAGGACAGGUUGUUUCUCUUUCAGGGAUGCUUACCCAGUGAGAAAAACACUUCCCCUGGGUCUGUGUAUUGGGUGUCUUUUUACAUCGAUGAUGGAUGCAUAGGGCCAGCUUCCUUGCAGUAGAUCCUAACCCAGGGUGUUCAGCUCUGCAGGUGUGGGAAGAGAGGAGGAGAGAGACCCAAGAGCGGGGCCCGCUGCAGGGAGGCAUCCCCACAGUGAAGGAUGCUUGAAGAAUCAGUCCCAGCUGCCCUGGAGCAGGAGCAGCUGGGGGAAGUCAAAGUGGAGGAGGAGGAGGCUACUGGCCCAGAGGACCCCAGGCGGCCAGAGUCCAGGCUGAGGCCCGAGGUGGCUCAUCAGCUAUUCAGAUGCUUCCAGUAUCAGGAGGACAUGGGGCCGAGGGCAUCCCUGAGCCGGCUCCGGGAGCUCUGCGGCCACUGGCUGCGGCCGGCUCUGCACACCAAGAAGCAGAUCCUGGAGCUGCUUGUGCUGGAGCAGUUCCUGAGUGUGCUGCCGCCACACCUCCUGGGCCGCCUGCAGGGGCAGCCGCUCAGGGACGGGGAGGAGGUGGUACUGUUGCUGGAGGGCGUCCACCAGGAGCCCAGCCACUCGGGGCCACUGGUGAGAGGGCCGGGGCAGCGGGCUGAGCAGCGUGGGAAUGACGGGGAUUUGAUCCCCGCAGUGAGGAAUCUCUGGAAACGCCACUUUCCCUCACCUGACCAUUACUUCUUCACCUCCUAACGCCUCCCCUGUCUGACUCUCACCCCGUCUCUGUCCCAUGUCCCCUCAGAGUUGGUAGGACACAGUUUGCCACCCCGGAGUGGCUUAACUUGAAUGUGUUUUGAGCAGGAUUUUAGUUGUAAUGCUGGCAAGAGCUGUCCCCGUGCAGACAUCACCUUGGAGGAACAGGGGUGUGUUUCCCAGGUCCCCAGCCACAGCCCCAAGAAGGAAGUGCCCACAGAAGAGCCUCCAGUGCUGGGCCUGUCGGAUGAGCCUCCCCGACCCCUGUCAGAGCCUGCCAAGCCUGCUGAGCUGGGACAGUGGAGACUUCCUUCAAGUUCAAGGCAGCUGCCCAGCCCGGGGCCCCAGAAGACAUUCCAGUCCCUCCAAGAAAGCAGUCCCCAGGGCCCCUCGCCAUGGCCAGAGGAGACUUCCCGAGAUCAGGAGCUGGUGGCCGUGCUGGAGUCCCUGACCUUUGAGGAUGUGCCAGAGAAUAAGGUGUGGCCUGCACACCCCCUGGGAUUCAGAAGCAGAACCGCAGACAAGGAGGAGUUUAAACAAGAAGACCCCAAAGGGGCUGCCUGGCCCGCUGCCAUCUUAGCAGAGUCCCAGGCAGACAGUCCUGAGGUGCCAGGAGAGCCUCCCUCCCAGACACUCGGACCGGGCGCUGCGGACAGCGGCCCCAGUGAAGAUGGGUCCCUUCUUGGUGGCAGGGAAAUACUGGAGGUCAAAGUGGCCGAGGGCGCCCCCGAGCCCAAUCCGGAGUUGCAGUUCAUCUGCGCGGACUGCGGGGUGAGCUUCGCGCAGUUGUCCCGCCUAAAAGCGCACCAGCUGCGCUCGCACCCGGCCGGGCGCUCCUUCCUGUGCCUGUGCUGCGGGAAGAGCUUCGGCCGCAGCUCCAUCCUCAAGCUGCACAUGCGCACUCACACGGACGAGCGGCCACACGCCUGCCACCUGUGCGACCACCGCUUCCGCCAGAGCUCGCACCUGAGCAAGCACCUGCUCACCCACUCCUCCGAGCCCGCCUUCCUGUGCGCCGAGUGCGGCCGCGGCUUCCAGCGCCGCACCAGCCUCGUGCAGCACCUGCUGGCGCACGCCCAGGACCAGAAGCCGCCCUGCGCGCCUGAGAGCAAGGCCGAAGCGCCGCCGCCGACCGAGGUCCUGUGCUCCCACUGCGGCCAGACCUUUCAGCGCCGCUCCAGCCUCAAGCGCCACCUGCGGAUCCAUGCCAGGGACAAGGACCACCGGUCCUCUGAAGGCUCCGGCAGCCGCCGCCGGGACUCCGACCGGAGGCCCUUCGUGUGCAGCGACUGCGGCAAAGCCUUCCGGCGCAGUGAGCACCUGGUGACCCACCGGCGGGUGCACACGGGCGAGCGGCCCUUCUCCUGCCAGGCUUGUGGCCGCAGCUUCACGCAGAGCUCGCAGCUGGUCAGCCACCAACGGGUGCACACCGGCGAGAAGCCGUACGCCUGCCCGCAGUGCGGGAAGCGCUUUGUGCGCCGGGCCAGCCUGGCCCGCCACCUGCUGACCCACGGUGGCCCUCGGCCCCACCACUGCACCCAGUGCGGCAAGAGCUUUGGCCAGCCCCAGGACCUUGCCCGCCACCAGCGCAGCCACACGGGCGAGAAGCCCUGCCGCUGCAGCGAGUGCGGUGAGGGCUUCAGCCAGAGCGCCCACCUGGCGCGCCACCAGCGCAUCCACACCGGGGAGAAGCCCCACGCGUGCGACACCUGCGGCCACCGCUUCCGCAAUAGCUCCAACCUGGCCCGCCACCGCCGCAGCCACACAGGCGAGCGGCCUUAUAGCUGCCAGACAUGUGGCCGCAGCUUCCGGCGCAACGCGCACCUACGGCGGCACCUGGCUACCCAUGCAGAGCCCGGGCAGGAGCAGGCCGAGCCCCCACAGGAGUGCAUAGAGUGCGGCAAGAGCUUCAGCCGCAGCUGCAACCUGCUGCGACACCAGCUGGUGCACACGGGCGCCAGGCCCUACUCUUGCACGCAAUGUGGCCGCAGCUUCAGCCGCAACUCCCACCUGCUGCGCCACCUGCGCACCCAUGCCCGCGAGACGCUUUACUAGCUUAACCCACCUUCCGCCAGCCAUGCCCUGCGCCCACCUACCUGGGGUGCUCUAUAGCAGAGGCCUGCAGGAAUGUCCCUUCCCACCAUACCCCACUUCCCUCUGCCUCCACUUCCACAACUGUCCUUCCCAGCCCUAGGCAUUAGUUCCCAGCCUCAGCAAUGUAAUUAAAACGCCCAAAGUAAAAUGGCCUUCUCCAAAA